AUGGUAGAUUUGUAUGGCCCAACAGAUGCUGCAAUGUGCAAAAUGUUCCGCACCACUCUCUCCAAGAGGGCCAUGAUUUGGUUCAACUCUCUACCUACAGGAUCAAUCGACACCUUCGCUCGAUUGUCAACACGUUUCACCAAUCAAUUCGCCAUUAACAAACAGUAUGCCAAGACCCCAGCCCACCUUUUCUCUGUAGUACAAAGAGACAACGAAACGCUUCGCAACUACAUCAAGCGUUUUGUGGAAGCCGUCCACGAAGUCCCAAGUGUAGGACCAGACAUGCUCUCCAGGAUCAUGCAACAAAACUUGAAGCCGGGUAGGUUCAAAGAAUCUAUUGCUGGAAGGUCUCCAGGCAACCUAGAGGAAUUGCUGAACCGAGCCGAGAAAUACGUACGAAUAGAAGAAGCCCCUACCCAUGCUCUUCCCAAGAGAAAGAGGGAAGAUGAUCGACAUGAUGUUAGAAGACGAGAUGAUAGACGUCCACCACUCCCACCUCAAGGCCAAUCAUCUUCCUCCUACAAUUGGUUCACUCCGCUAAACACUCCCCUCACAGAAAUCCUUCAUGUGAUAGAACAAAGAGGUCUAGCAGAACUUCCACGACCAAUGCAGCCAAAUGCGAAACGAGAAAAAUCAUAUCGCUACUGUCGAUUCCAUAAGGACAGAUGA